AUGAAGUUUUCAACAAGUGCAAUCCUUUUGGCCACCGCCGGUGCCGCUAUGGCAAUUAGUGAAGACGAUGUCGUUGAAUUAGAAAUUGUUAUGGAUGAUGUCAAAUCUAACCUGGUACGUUAUAUGAACCUUCUUACCGUUCCAGGUUUCAGUUUACCAGACAAUAUUAUGGAUGUUUACAUGGCCAUGAACAGUGAUCCAGAAGGUUACACCACUGCAUUUACUGAAUUAGACAUGACCCAAAUCAGUAAUAUGAUGACUUGGUUACCAUGGUACUCUACCGAAAUAGAACCAAAAAUUGAAUCUGCCCUUUCCAGUCUACAUCCAAAAGCUUCUUCUACUACCACAAUAACGUCUACUACCACCUCUACUUCCAGCACCCAAGCUGCUUCUGCUGCCCCAAGUUCAGCUAGCUCUGCUGUCGCAUCUACCACAACUGUUAAAUCUAGUGUUGCCGCCACCACAUCUACUGAAGCUUCAGCUGUUGCUUCUAGUGCUGAAACCUCCACUACCGCUACUUCCGACGCCCCAGUUGUUUCUAGUGCUGAAACAUCCAGUACCGCUACUUCCGACGCCCCAGUUGUUUCUAGUGCUGAAACCUCCACUACCGCCACUUCCGACUCCCCAGUUGUUUCUGGCACUACUUCUGCUCCAACUGUUUCCAACACUACUACUACUACUACCACUUCUGCUCCAAUUGCUGAACAAUCUACCGUUUUAGCUACUGCUACUAACCUUUUCACUAACACCACCACUAUGACUUCUUGUCCACCAACCUCUGUUGCUACCUCUACCAAGCAUUUCACUAACACCACUGUUAUCACUGAAUGUACAGAAUGUACUAAGAAGGGCCAAUCCACCAUUUUGGAAACUGCCACCAACUUAUACACUAACACUACCACUUUGACUUCUUGUCCACCAACCAGUUCCACUGAAAAGACUGCUACUUCAACUGCAGUUACUACCAAGAAGACCACUGUUACUAUCUGUGAUGAAGAAUGUAAGAAAUCCAAGGCUUCCACUUCCACUGCUGCUAAGCCAUCUACUGUUUCUCAAAUCACUAAGGCUCAAACCUCCACUCAAUCUACCGUCACUGUCCACCAACAAACUGAAAAUGGUGCUGUCAAGGCUGUUGUCGGUAUGGGUGCUGGUGUCUUAGCUGUUGCUGCUUUAUUGUUAUAA